AGACUGAGGGAAGAGCAUCGCAGAAAAGAAACACAGAGGAUUCAAGAGAGUUUUAUUGACAAACUAAGUGAUACACAAGCAAUGGUCGUCCACUGGGAUGGUGAAGUAUUGCCAGAUCUAAUUGGAAAAAUAAAAGUUGAGCGAAUUGCAGUGCUUGUUAGUUAUAAUGGCGAAUCCAAAUUUCUAGGCGCUCCAAAACUUAUAUCUGCCACUGGUGAAAAUAUAGCUACAGCCGUUUUUGAUACACUUAGUAAAUGGAAUAUUUUAGAUCGCGUAGAAGGCAUGUCUUUUGACACCACGUCCACUAAUACUGGUCCAACGAAUGGAGCAUGCGCUCAAUUGCAACGCAUGUUAGGAAGAAAUUUGUUGACGUUACCAUGCCGUCACCACAUUCUAGAAAUAUACUUACGUAGUGUAUUUGACCUGCAUUUCAAAGUGACUCAAGCACCCGAAGUCUCAAUUUUCGAGAGAUUUGCCAAAGCCUGGCCAAAUAUUGACACUUCAUCAUUUAAGAGUGGGCUCGACUGUGAAGAUAUAAAAUCUCAUAUAAGUGAUGGCAUCUGCAAUGACAUCAAACAAUUUUGUCAUUCACAAUUACAAAAAACUUUUGUUCGUGCUGACUACGAAGAAUUUUUACGUCUAGUACUUACAUGCACGUUGGAUGUCAAAGGGGAUAUAUUCUUUGAAAAUAUUUCUUUUUCGUGA